CGUUUUUUUCAGUCACCGGUCGACGCUGCGCCGGGCACCGUCGACGCGCACGUUCGAGAACAGCUUGGUACGGAUCGCGGUUAUUCUAACAAUUAUCUCAGACAGACUCAGUUCGGUGAUCGUUGAUCGGCCGCGAUCGAUCUUACGAAUUUAAAAACGGUGGGAGACGAGUUUCCGGCGGAGGGUAGCCCUCGACUGGACGGACCGCUCUUCACGGGGUGCCACACGACGUGCCACGCGCCGCUCACGCGCCUUGCCUUUCUAUCUCGCUGCCAAAAGCUGUCUCCCCGAGACCAAGUUCCCGCACGGUUCACGAGUUGCAAGCGUUCUCGUUCCCGCUUCCAGCUCGGUCAUCGAUGGAUCGCGAGAUCGAGUGCCUUCGUAUCGCCCGGAAAUCUUUGAUCGGCCGCGUCGACCUGGUCGAGAGCGGUCCUGCUUGGUAGCAGGUGAACCCGCGCCACGGUACGAGAGGGCACCGAAGGUGAGAAUCGCAGGUGAGAGAAACGGGGCAAGCGCGUCGCGAGGCACACGGCUACGCACCUGGAUUUUACAUGGCAUAAAAUGCGGCCAGCGGACGUGCGGCAGCUUCUUCGAUCUCGAGACGAUUGUGGCCAAAAACGCGGUGCGCGUCUCUAUCGGUAGGCCGUGCGGGGAUACGUGGUUCGUAUCGCUCGUGGCAUCGGACCGACAGGCGACCGACGACCGAAUUACGAAUUCUCGAUGUCGUUCUUACUCCCACACCUGGUUCCGUCGUUUAGAGCAGCGACGUCAACGUUGUCGCGAAAAAUCGGAAUAAAUCUACUCCGUGACGAAUCAUCCGGCGAGCGAGCUCGGGAAUCGAUCAACAUCCGAUCGAACGGCAGCCGCCUCUGAACGCGAACUUCGAUUCGUCAUCCUCGCGUCUGCUGGACGACGCUCAACGAUCGGGAAGCAUGUCGUUGCAUUAUCCUCAGGGGUAUCGAUAUCGUCCGGCGAGCAAAGCUGCCGGGGCAGGUAACGGCGAGCAGGGUUCCGACAGUGACGUCGCCGAACUCAGUGACCUCGAGGACGACGAGGACGAAGAUGGGGGCGGUCAAUCGGCCAACAGGCGCAUCGUCCACCGAGAUCAGGAGGAGGACGACGACGACGAGGACGACGAGGAGGAAGACGAGGACGAGGACGAUGACGACCAGGACGACGAAGAGGACGAGAACGAAGAUGACGACGACGACGGGGUGGACGACGUGGACGGCGACGAGCUGCCCUAUCCUGGUUUCGUGCCGGUCGCACUGCGAUAUCUCGACCAGAGCACACGACCGCGCAACUGGUGUCUGGCGCUCAUCACUAAUCCGUGGUUCGAGAGAGUGAGCAUGAUGGUAAUUCUUUUAAACUGCAUCACGCUGGGGAUGUAUCAACCGUGCGUCGACGAUCAAUGCGUGACCAACCGUUGUAAAAUAUUACAAAUGUUCGACGACAUCAUCUUCGCCUUCUUCGCCCUCGAGAUGACGAUCAAAAUGGUCGCGAUGGGCAUUUACGGGAAGGGGACUUACCUCGCCGACUCCUGGAAUAGAUUGGACUUCUUCAUAGUGGCGGCUGGUGCUUUGGAGUAUUGUUUGAACGUAGAGAACAUGAAUUUAUCAGCGAUAAGGACAAUAAGAGUCCUGAGACCACUACGUGCCAUCAACAGAAUACCAAGUAUGCGGAUACUGGUGAUGCUGCUGCUCGACACUCUUCCUAUGUUGGGCAACGUGCUCCUGCUGUGCUUCUUCGUCUUCUUUAUAUUCGGUAUCGUCGGCGUUCAACUGUGGGAGGGUAUCCUGCGUCAACGGUGCUUCCUGAGGGCCGAGCCCGGCGUCAAAUAUCCCGAGUUUCUCUCGGACGAGUACUCGGUUCGAUCACGCAUUUAUGACCUUGAGAAGUUCUUCGAGUAUCAGGGUCAGGACUACAUUUGCUCGCGACCCGACGACAACGGAAUGCACUCUUGCAGUAACUUGCCGCCGUUGAAGAUCGGUAACGUGGUGUGCGAUAGGAGAGCGUUAAUCAACAACGACACGACGUUUAUUACGAACGACACCUGCGUUAAUUGGAAUCAGUACUACACCGAGUGCAAGGGUCAGGGCAACAAUCCUUUCCAAGGAACGAUAUCAUUCGACAAUAUCGGCCUCGCCUGGGUCGCGAUAUUCCUCGUGAUCAGUCUGGAAGGAUGGACAGACAUCAUGUAUUACGUGCAGGAUGCUCAUUCUUUUUGGGACUGGAUAUACUUCGUCCUUUUAAUCGUGAUCGGUUCCUUCUUCAUGAUCAAUCUGUGCUUAGUCGUGAUAGCAACGCAAUUCUCGGAGACGAAGAAACGAGAGAUGGAGAGAAUGCGACUGGAGCGUGCCCGUUUUCACUCGACAUCGACCCUUGCGUCGUCGACGAAUACUUCAGAGCCGACUACAUGUUACGCGGAAAUUGUUAAAUAUAUCGCACACCUGUGGCGAAGGGGGAAGAGGCGGUUAAUGAAGAGGUACCGAGUGUAUUUAUACAGAAGGCAGCAGAGACGUGAGCAGAAUUUACUUAGGGAACAGCAACAGCACGGGCACCCGUUCAGGGGAGGCGCACCCGGCUCUGAUCCGAAUAGAUUACCCGGAGACAGGAGACUGCACCAUGACAGAUGUCCUCGGCUGUUGGCUGCGCUUGAGAACACGGAUCAGCAGCAGCAGCAGCAGCAGCAACAGGGGAUCGGUAGCGGCGGUGGAUCGCUCACCGAUUUCACGGCUAACAGUCCUCCGACUACGCAAGCCGCGAUCAUCGCCACUGCCGUCACCAGCAACGGGGGUAGCACUGGGAAUCUAGCGAUCGCGCCUCGCGCCAGUCCCGAGGUAUCCGAGGCGGACGUUUCGUCGAACGCGUGCCACUGCCUGGGCGUGCACCGAAAUUCCUCGGUGUCGUGCAACGGGAGCGAGCACGUCCUUUCUAACGCGACCGAAGCUAGCAUUCAGACAAACAACGCGCUGCUAAGUCCGCCUUGCACGCACUAUCGCAGAAGGAGCAGCGUGAUGUUCAGCGACGUCGUGUUGCUGCACGGCAGCAACAGUAACAGCGUCGGAAACGCGUUGCAGGCUGGAACGACGACGGUGUCGCCCGGCGAACGGAACGUGUGCUCCAGCGAGAAAAUGACGCAGACCGGUGACGGGAACGUUUGGUCGAGUCCACUGCCAGACCAUAUACAGAUGCAAGCAGAGUUGACUGGAAACGAAGCUAUGACGUGUCAGGAAUUAUUAGCGCUUAGCGGGGCUCUAAGCGCCGCGUUACCAACGGGACAACUGGCACUGGAUUCGUUUCUUAAUUCACUAACCAAGGGAAUAACGGAUCGUCACAUCACCCUGGAGGAUCGCACGCAGUGGUUGGCGUCGGACAUCGACAACUGCUCCUGCUGCUGCGAACUCCAGGCCGGUGAUCAAUGGCCAGAGGACGGCGACAAGUGGCAGAAAACGUCCAGGACGAAGAGGAUCGUGAGAUCCUGCGGGAGUCAUUGCAUGUGCGCGUUACGCUGUGUGAAGCGUUCCAUCAAGAAGCUGGUCGAGCACAAAUACUUUCAACAGGGUAUCUUAUUGGCGAUUUUAAUCAACACUUUGAGCAUGGGAAUAGAAUAUCACAAUCAGCCAGAGAUAUUGACCAUAGUGGUCGAGAUAAGCAAUAUUGUAUUUUCGGCCGUUUUUGCUGUGGAAAUGUUGCUCAAGAUAAUCGCGGAGGGUCCGUUCGGAUACAUAAGCAACGGGUUCAACGUUUUCGACGGAGUCGUCGUAAUGCUUAGCGUGGUGGAGAUAUGUCAAUCGUUGGUUGAAGAGGAGAGAGGCGGAGGAAGUUCCGGGUUGAGCGUGUUGAGAACCUUCCGGUUGCUGAGGAUCCUGAAGCUCGUGCGUUUCCUACCGAAUCUCCGACGACAGCUGUUCGUGAUGCUCCGCACAAUGGAUAACGUUGCCGUAUUCUUUUCCCUUUUAGUACUUUUCAUCUUUAUAUUCAGCAUCCUAGGGAUGUACCUGUUCGGGGGUAAGUUUUGCAUGUGGGCGGACCGGAGUCGGCCCUGCACCUGUGCCGAGGUGGUCUCGCGGCACCCAAUGUGUCGCUGUGAUCGCAAACAUUUCAACGACAUCGUCUGGGCACUAGUCACGGUCUUUCAGAUCUUGACGCAGGAGGAUUGGAACGUCGUAUUAUUCAACGGUAUGCAGAAAACGUCUCACUGGGCGGCUCUUUACUUCGUCGCGUUGAUGACUUUUGGAAAUUACGUCCUCUUCAAUCUGCUGGUCGCCAUUCUCGUCGAGGGUUUCUCCUCGGAGAGAAAUGAAAGGAGAGAACGAGAGCAGAGGGAAAUGGCUAAGCUUGCAGCGAAGGAAGCAGGCAUGGGAAGCGACGAUGGAUCAUCGAGGAUAUCGAGAUCUCAUUCGAUCACUGAUAGCGAUACUUAUACUCAGGACCGAAAGAAUUCGUGGCAGAGCGCGGAGGAGUUGCGAAAGUACAAAGACAACAACAGCAGGGAGAAACAGAACACGGUUUGGCGGCAUCAGCUGGACGAGCCGAAGUGUAACAUACAGAAGGAGAACAAAAUGAUGGGCGCGGCGGGUCAACCGCCGAUAAUCACCCACACGGCAGCUACCCCCCAAGACUCGCCGAACACCACCCUCGACGUUGGCUACAGAGACUUGAACUGCCGUGCCGUUUAUCCCACAGCGGCUCUCUCGAUCGAAUCUAUCGAUCGCUCAGGCAGCCAAUGUAGCAUACCUUCCGGGUUGUUAAAGUUACCAGACGUUUCGAAUAAAAUACCGACUAAGAACCUCAUCGCCGGCCAGUUUCCACGAAGAAUAAGUCUCGUCACUGCUGUUGUUAACCCGGCGAACAGAGAAUCAUCCAGUCCGGGCUCGCCGAGGAUACAAAGGGGUUACUCGUGGAAAUUGACGCGACCAUCCCUUAGGAGGAAACGCUGGUCGCAAACGGAGGACGAGCCCCUUGGCAGAGCCACUGUCCUGAAUAACGGUCGGAGUACUCUAAUCGGCACAAAUUCGACCUUCAACGGCGGUUAUUUACAUGGUUCGAUAAGGAACGACACGCAAAGUGACACGCCGAACAAUCGAACGACCGUCCUAACAAGCAAUAAUCGUAGCCUCAGUCCUAACAACUCCAUCGGAAGCCGUGGCUCCUCGAUACGACGCUACACGGCUACGCCCAAUCAAAUGCGAUGGAUCAGCGAGGAAUUAUCGCGGAGGAACUCGCUGCGCGGUAACGAGGCUAUUCAAUCGCCGACGAGGAAAACAUUGCCUCUGGACGAGGUGCCUAUGCAAUGCUCACGUACAAUCAAUAAUCUGUCAAUGGAGACUGGUCCACUGCCCCGAAUAAAACGACUUCCCGAUCAAGAUGAUGACAAUCCCCGUACAGACGAACAGACGCCGCCCUUGAACGGGCAUGGGAGCACGACCGGUAACGCGAGGCUGAAAGCGAUUUUCAUGUUCUUCGAACCCCAAGGUUGCCUUAAGGAACGCGAUGAUUACUCGCUCUAUCUUUUUCCAUCGAACAACAGGUUCCGCGUUUUAUGUCGACAGUUGGUCGAAAAGAGGUGGUUCGAUAACGUGGUCCUUUUUUUCAUCGGUCUCAAUUGCAUCACGCUGGCGAUGGAACGGCCGAACAUACCACCCGACAGCGGGGAAAGACUUUUUUUAGCAACUGCUAACUAUAUUUUUACCGGGGUGUUUGCUAUCGAAAUGUUCACCAAGGUCGUUGCAUCUGGUAUGCUGUACGGCUCCGACGCUUAUUUUACUUCAGGUUGGAACAUCAUGGACGGAGUGCUUGUGAUCAUUUCCAUAAUCGACUUAUCAAUGUCCUUACUGUCAUCGAGCAGUCCAAGGAUCUUUGGAAUAUUGAGGGUUUUUAGACUUUUAAGGUCGUUAAGGCCGUUACGGGUGAUUAAUCGAGCUCCUGGUUUGAAGCUGGUUGUUCAGACAUUGUUGUCCUCUUUACGACCUAUCGGCAACAUCGUUUUGAUAUGCUGUACUUUUUUCGUAAUCUUCGGUAUCUUGGGCGUGCAGCUAUUCAAGGGUGCCUUUUAUUAUUGCGAGGGGCCUGACAUUAAAAACGUGCGCACUAAGAGCGACUGCAUGGCCGACGAGCGCAACGUUUGGCUCAACAAGAAAUAUAAUUUCGACGAUCUCGGGAAAGCGCUGAUGUCGUUGUUCGUGCUCUCGUCGAGAGACGGCUGGGUCAAUAUCAUGUACACCGGGCUUGACGCUGUCGGCGUUGAUCAACAGCCAAUUGAAAAUUAUUCGGAGUGGCGGCUACUUUAUUUCAUAGCAUUCAUCCUGCUCGUUGGUUUUUUCGUUUUGAACAUGUUCGUGGGGGUUGUGGUAGAAAAUUUUCACAGAUGCCGCGAGGAACAAGAGAAGGAGGAGCGCGUGAGGAGAGCCGCUAAACGAGCAUUGCAAAUGGAGAAGAAACGGCGAAAAAUGCACGAGCCACCCUACUAUAUAAAUUACUCGAAAUCGAGGCUGUUCGUUCACAACGUGGUGACGUCGAAGUAUUUCGAUCUAGCGAUCGCUGCGGUAAUCGGCCUGAACGUCGUCACCAUGGCAAUGGAGUUUUACAUGAUGCCGAAAGCCCUGACAUACGCUCUAAAGAUAUUCAAUUAUUUCUUCACCGCGGUCUUCAUUCUGGAAUCGUUUAUGAAACUCCUCGCAUUAGGUCUACAUCUGUACCUCAAAGACAAAUGGAAUCAGUUGGACGUAGGAAUCGUGAUACUGUCAGUAGUUGGUAUAGUUCUCGAAGAAGUCGAGUCGAAAAUCAUUCCUAUAAACCCUACGAUAAUCCGAGUGAUGCGAGUACUGCGAAUCGCUAGGGUUUUGAAAUUGCUAAAAAUGGCGAAGGGAAUACGAGCCCUGUUAGACACGGUGAUGCAGGCGUUGCCGCAAGUUGGGAAUCUGGGUCUACUAUUCUUUUUGCUCUUCUUCAUCUUUGCAGCUCUUGGCGUGGAACUGUUCGGUCGUUUGGAAUGCACCGACAUAACGCCUUGCCAGGGUCUCGGCGAGCACGCCCAUUUCAGUAACUUCGGAAUGGCGUUUCUGACGCUCUUUCGAGUAGCGACUGGCGACAAUUGGAACGGGAUCAUGAAGGACACUCUGAGGGACGAUUGCGACAAUGCAGCGGAUUGCGUGAAAAACUGCUGCGUGAGCACCGUAAUAGCCCCGAUAUUUUUUGUAAUAUUCGUGCUGAUGGCACAAUUCGUUCUCGUUAACGUCGUCGUCGCCGUGCUUAUGAAGCACCUCGAAGAGAGCCACAAACAGAUGGAAGAUGAACUCGACAUGGAAACGCAGCUGGAGAGAGAAAUGAAAGAGCAGGAAGAAUUGUUAGACGUGAAAGAGGAGGAAGAGGAAGAAGAAAUGGUGAAACGAGAAAUGAGGGAAGACGGUGAGCUGGAGGACGACGACGUUAAGGAACGCGAGUCUAUCUUGGCGAACAAGAAGAUUCCCGCUAGCAGACCGGGUCUCGCCAAAGUUCGUUCCCUGCCCGCGAAUUUUAUUUACAAUCCACCACGGGAGAAAGGCGCAGAUGAGGGUAUGGUCGUGUCGUUGUCGCGGCGCAGCUCGUACCAUCGUCCCAGUUCAAGACCGUCCAAAUUCAAAUCGAAACGCCGACAAACGUUUCACUCGGGCCACCAUCAGAGGAGAUCCUUACUGCCGAUGCAUUUCGAGGUCACCGAAGUCUUCGAGAAGCCUGUAAACAAUUUAAGCGUGCCACGAAUUAUUCCUCAACGCAGCCGCUACACGCCGGAUCGAGACGCUGCUCCCGUGCAGCGUCAAAGGUUACACGCGACCAGCGAACCAGAGAGCAAGUCGCUGCUAAGCGUAAAGCCGCCGACCCUGCUGACGCCGGCCGGUUCCGUCACCGCUCUACCCUGUCCUAAGUUAAGCAGCGAACGUUAUCUUAUGCCAACGGCCAAUAUCUACCCGUCCAAGGCGACGUUGACGCGCAGAACGUCGAGCGAUGUGCAGUCGCAGUCGGACACGAACGUGAGCGUCGGUACCGGGAGCCAUGCCUCGAAAGCGCCCAGCCCGGACGGCGAUAAAGCCGUAGUCAAGACCGAGGACGCGAGGACGAGAAACGAGAGACGGGUGUCCGCGCCGCCGACGGACGAUUUCGACGUGCAGUCGGUCAUUAACGAAAGGAGGCCGUCCAAGUUGAAGAGCGGGCCCUUGGCACCAGGGACGCCGAGCGUCGUUCGCAUGGGGAGCUACGGACACAUUUACGUGGCCGAGGAGAGGUCCGAGGAAAUCUCGCCGAUGUCAGUUGACACCAGCGACAGCGUGAUGGGUAGCACCAGCGUCAGCGGGAGCGGCACUGGGAACGGUAGCACGAGUGGAAGCAGAAACGGGAGCGCGGUGGUCCACAUGCCGGAACCGAUCUCCGCCGUGGUCAGUACGGACGUUCGGAUAUACGUCGACGACACCGAUUCGACGAGCAGUAACAGCCGUCGCAGGAGGAGAUCGAACGACGAGACGCUGGAUGGGUCGACGACCGUUUCCUCAGCGACCGCGGUCCAGGACGAGAGCGACGAGAUGGAGGAGACUGAGGAGAGAUCCGACAGGCCGUCCUCCGAUGGGCCACCGGAUCCCUCUUAAUUCGGGACGAUCGUCGACCGACGUCGUUUUUGUCUCCUUGCGUUUUCACUUUGCUUUCUUUUAAACGGAUGGGAAGUAAGAGUCUUAGCGAGUAACCGGGUACAGAUUUCUACGCGAUUGCUAGCCGGCCAUGGUAUCCACGGCGAAGUACCAUGGGGCGCGCUGCAAGGGUUCAACGUUGGGCUCUAAGAAAGACUGUAGUGCAUGACAAUAUAGUCGUUAUAUUCUAGUCACUUUGCCGCCGUGAACUUUGCCAAAGUAGGGAAGCAAAUAUCGCCGACCGUUUUUCGGGAACGAGGGUCGAAUGGAUGGGCAGUGAGGGACGGAGGAGGUGAAUUGAACGACGCGCUCUUGACCGAGGGAGUCGAACGAGAACAGACAGUGAAAUUUUCCAUCGUGGUGUCUGAAAUUCUGCCCGUGAAGAGAAGAAACGCGCGCGCCAUGCGCGACGUUGCACACGUAGUAAAUAAACGAAGAAAAAAGUAAAAACAAAAAAAGAGGAAGGGGAAGAAGAAAACCUAUGACAAUCUAUUAUUGCCAGCGGAAACGAUCUUACGUUCCGUUAAUGAAACGUCGUGGAAGUCGAUCCGUAGGAAUUGGUAGGUCGAGUAACGACGUAGUUACGCGUCGACAAUUAUAGAGACAAAUUUUAGGUAGACGUUUUAGAAGAAACGAACAAACCUUGUCUGCGCGACAAUUGCAAUUAAUCGGACCACACUUUCUCGCCUUUCCUUUUUCUCCAACUCGUCGGAAUACAAAAAUAGAAAACACAGCAAACGUGUCGUUCGCAGGAGAGAUUCUCGAGAAAGAGAGGGAAAGAGCCGCGACUCGGAAUCGUGGGUAGCUCUCGACGGAGGAACGAAAGGUGCCAAACCAAAGAAAAUAGAAUUAAAGAAAAAGCAAAGAAAUAGAAGAAAAACAAAUGGUAAUUACCGAAGUGCCAGAAAAUCUAGAUAACAGAAAAAAAAAAAACGAUUUCGGAAUUAAAAAAAUAAGAAAAAAAGAGAGUAGCAAGUAGCGUAGUCUUCUCGCUGGUCGCGAUCCGCGAGACGAAGAUUUUAGCUGCGUGAGACGAACAAUCGUGUAUUGACAUUAGACGUUAAGAGCUUCGUUCCUCGAAACCAACCUUCGCGCCGGUGGUGAAUAAUAAAAAUAAUGGUCGAAGGGUCGGUGGGAGGAGUAAGGGCGAACAAAUAUAUUGUUACCAUUGGCUAAAGUGAUAAAGCAGCCAGUUCAUACGUUAGCUUAGUCGACUACAAUGGUAUUUUUGUCACUUCUUUCACGCUGACUCUAAUAGAGACUCUCUAAGACGAUUAGCACAGAGUUCGUAACGUGAAGUAUGUAACGUAAACGAUUAGAAACUUAAGGCUAUGACUUCGACAUGUUGUGAUAAUCUUUAAUACAAAUUGAAACUCGUACAAUCUUUAAUCUCUAUGUCAAUUGGUAAUGAUCGACGCGACGCGCCGGUUUCUCGUGGAAAGCUAUCGCCGAUGCCAGCUAGCCGUGUUAAAAGUGAACAAAAUCCCGGAUUGAUCCUGCGGCGACCAACGAUGAGAGAAACAUUCUCCUCGUUUCCAUCUCUUCGUUUUUGUUUUCUCGCCUCCUAGAGCGUUCUUCUCGUUAACAUCUGUGAUAUACUUUAAUCGUAGUGUAUUUCCUAUACGAAAACGAACGGUGAAGAGAAGAAAAGAGAAAAAUACCCGAGCGCGUAGGCGUGGGUGAUAGAACUAGGCGACAGCAGCAAAAACAAGGGCGAGCAGCAGAUUAGAAGAAACGAACAGUAGUGCGACUUUGUAAUAAAAGCAAAAGGAAAAACAUAAAACGAAAACAAACUUGGGGGUGCGGACGAAUUACGGAAGAAAUCUAAAAAAAAAAAAAAAUGCAAAUAUAUAUACAUAUAGUAAGAUAGAAGAAAAACUCUACUGUACAUACAUACACUUACGAAUAUUCUAUACACUUGGUGUGGUUUAUUUUGAUACUACCGCGUGCGGUAAUAUUUAACGAUUGUCGGGGAUAAAUUCAACAAAUUGCAAAUGAGCAAUCAGGAGAUUAUAAAGUAUUAAGUAAAAGUUGAACAGAGAAAUUAAGGUAAAAAAAAAAAAAAAACACGAUUCUUAUGCCUUUUAACGUUGACGAACGUUGACGAACCUUCGUGCGGUAGUGGUGCCCGCUCUAAGAACAGACGCUGACGGACACCUCUUCGUUUUAAAACAUUGGUACGUCGCCAAAUGUUAACGAUCCCUUACUUAGGUCGACCCGUUGCUUUGCGACGGAUCGAAGGUAAGAAGAAAGUCGCGGUAGACUGGACCGAAAGAUCGAUCGACCGACCGAAAGAAUCUGAUUCUCAUAGCCACCAGUAUAGGACACCGAAAUCGUAGCGACGAUUUAUUUAAGAGAAAAUCAAUCUGUUUCAUUCGGAGUGUUUCUCUGUAGGAACUAGGAACGUACAAAUUGUUGUACUAAUUAUGACCGAAUUACUUGUUUCAUUUAAUGCAAUAAACGUGGACAGAUUCUGUCCUUGAUCGAACGAUAGUACGGUCCCAGUCCGUAGUGCACAAACGAAAUUACGUAGCCGUAUCGACUAUGUUAAUUGAAUAGCGAGGAAAAAGUAAAAUCUUACUCCGUUUAAAAGGUCUAACGUGAAUCUCGUACGCACAAUCACGCCUAUUCUAUUAAUAUGGUAAAGUGGUCGUUGACGAUCGAUUCGAAAUUGUUGGCAUUACAUGAAUUCAAUAGAACCGUGCGUAAGAACGUUCAUUUUGAAUAAAUGAAGACGACGGAGCAAUACGUCACGGGCAACAUUAGGUGGCACAAAGAUAAAGAGAAGCAUCGUGGUUCUUGGACCUUUUAAUCAAAACGCGUACUUCGUUCGUAGAGAUCGUGAUGUAUUUGUAACAAUAUACAUAUACGUGUAUAAAUACCCAUUAUAAAUAUAUGUACAGUCACGCAUAAGCAGAAACGAUUAGAACGUGUGAUUCGCGCGUUUCUCCGGCACCACGACCGUGUCUCAAUAGCUCGAUAGCGUUAGACGACCGACCUCCGAAUUAUAGUUUAUUCUAGCCACAGGGAUGAUCGUGUGACCGCGCGCGAAUGUUCGCCGACUCGCGACCGCACGUCUAUCGUCGUUUAGCGAGAAUGACGCGCGAAGGGAUUCAGAGAAAGUUUAGGGACGAGAAGAAAGUGUGUCCACUCACGUGUACGUGGACGCUCCGCAGCGACGGGGGAUGCUUCUAUCCAUAAAGGGUGAGAGGGAGAACGUGCUGGAACAGGGAAGGGUGAACAAAUGAACAUAAAAAUUAGGACGGACAGUAUAUACAUACAUAUAUGCGUACAUACACAGAUCGUGCACACAUAUGCGUAUACUAUAUACACGUAAUACUUAAAAUAGUUACGCGAAUAAUAAGUACAAGAGAUGAAAUCAGAUAUUAAACGUGUUAUUCAGUGUACUUGUUGCCGCGUGCCUCUCGAGUCUGUUCUUCGCCCCUACAGGAGGCAAUGCGUAAUCGUCUAUUUAAAAAAAAAGUUAUACUAAAAAUUAACAGAAAAGACACACACACGCAAAUAUAUAACAUANUAUAUAUAUUAUAUAUAUGUAAAAAGAAGUAAGGGACAUUAAAGGACUAGAAGGAAGAUCGUAGUAGGGACAAGGAAGAGGGAGAAUUAAAACUGAAACUGUACGAGAGAAAAUGAUAAAUAGAUAAGACGAAGAACGGCUAGUCGUCCUCAAAUGUAACGUGCUAUUUUAAUUACAUCAGUAAUGUACCAGGCACGGUCCAUACGACCGUCGAGAAGCGUCCUUUUUGUCUGCCUGAUACCGAUGCGUGCGAAUACGUGAAUUUCUUUUUUUUUUUUCGUUGGGGAAAGUCUAGCCACUUACGAUUAAACUUCGGAUCGUAUAAGAUGAAAGGAGGAGAAAAGGAAUGCGUGAGAGGCGAGGAAAAAAUAAUGGGUGCGUGGGUGCAAGUGUGUGGAAGAAUGCAAGUACGCGACGACAGGAGCGUAGAAGACUAAAUAUGUACAAAUGUAAUAAAUUGAAUGACGAUUACGUUGAAUUGAA